GCAGGGGGGGAACCUUGGUGCUUAGCUCCGUUUCCACCGGAAGUCAAUAGCGUGAGCACCAGGAGUGCUGUAGGCGCAACAAACCGGAGUCUGACAGCUAGGUCCGUCCAUAAGUCUACGGUCUGACAGCAGAGCCACGGCCUCCGCGGGCCCCCUCCGCGGACUGGGGACGUGUCCAGAGCCCCCGGGAGACAUGGAGGAGCCCAGCGGCCCCACGGGGUCUGCCCCGAGCCCCGGGAGCCCCGGUCACUGGCGAAACUGGAGUGGGUUUUGGAUCCUCGGACUGUGUAACAACUAUGCUUACGUUGUCAUGCUGAGUGCUGCCCAUGACAUCCUGGAAAAGCAGGAGUCCAGAAACUCCACAGCAGCAGCUUCAGCUCCUGGAACUGAGCGCCAAGAGGGCAACAACAACCCCAACGGCAGCAGCCCCUACGACUGCAGCCCCGUGUCCACCGGGGUAAAGGCCGCUUGCCACACAGCCCGCCACGCAGCCCGCCAUGUAGCCCGCCACACAGCCCGCCACAGUGGGAAGCAGCCCUGUUCUGAACUUUGUCCGACCAGGCUGCAGAGCCAUUGGGCGGUGCUGCUAGCUGACAUCCUGCCUACACUCCUCAUCAAACUGGUUGCUCCCUUUGUGGUCCACAAAGUGCCUUAUGGGCUCCGCGUCUUGUUCUGUGCCUUCAUGGCAGCCAGCAGCUUCCUCCUGGUGUCCUUCUCCUCUGCCAUGUGGAUGAGCAUUCUGGGUAAAGCUGCCCGACUGCUGCCUUGGUCCGGGCUCAGGGAGGGAACCUGCUUCAGUUUCAGUGUAGUGACGCUGCCAGGGUUUCUGUCCAGUAUCUCACGCACACUUAGGGAGAAGCCAUCUGAUCCGAGGGUCUGCACAGCCCCUCCCCACAGGCAGCUCAUCUCUCUCCUCUGGUCUGUAGGAGUGGUGUUUGCCAGCGUCAGCUCUGGACUGGGAGAGCUGUCCUUCCUCUCGCUCACAGUCUUCUUCAGCAGAACCGUGUUGGAGGGUUGGGGCUCUGGCACUGGUGGGGCAGGGGUUGCUGGCUCCUUUCUCUACUCCAGCCUCAUCCAGGGUGGCCUCACCCCCAGGGUGACUCUGCUCAUCAUGCUGGUGGUCCCAUUGGCUAUGGUAGUUAGCUAUUUUGGCAUGCUGGUCCCCGAGCAUCCGCUGCCCCAGUGGAGGAGGGCGGACGCUGACCGCUGGGCUGUGGGCUGGGAGGAGAGGCAGAGUCUCACGCAGGGAGCAGAACAGGAGGAGCCUGAGGAGACAUCAGGCCCAGCAGAGGACGGACCCGGAGGAGCCCUUAGCUUCUCAGAGAGGCUGCAUGUCAUCAGGGGCCUGCUCAGGUUUGUCCUCCCUCUGGGCCUGGUCUACUUUGCAGAGUACUUCAUCAACCAGGGCCUGAUGGAGAUCCUGUUUUUCCACAACUUUUUCCUCUCCCAUGCGGAGCAGUACCGCUGGUACCAAUGUCUGUACCAAAUUGGAGUGUUUCUGUCUCGAUCUUCCCUGCGCUGGAUAAAGAUCAGGAGAAUCUGGGCUCUGGCUCUACUGCAGGUGGUGAAUGCAGUGUUUCUUCUGCUGGCUGCUCGCUACCAGUUCCUGCCCAGCGCCUGGCUCGUGUUCGCCAUCAUUCUUUAUGAGGGUCUGCUAGGUGGAGCUGCCUAUGUCAACACCUUCCACUUCAUUAGCAAAGAGACGGACUCCAGACACAGGGAGUUUGCCAUGGCUGCUGCCAGCGUGGGAGACAGUCUGGGAAUAGCUCUGGCUGGACUGGCAGCCUUUCCCACCCAUGGAUACUUCUGCUCCCUGUGACGGGCCUACAGACAGCUGUCAGACUCUGCUCCCCUCCGGGCUGCAGGUUUUAGAGGUUUUACCUGUUUCAUACACCUGAUUCACAUCAGAGAGCCAUCAGCAAAGCUCAAGAUCCAGUUUAAUCACAACCAGAUGUGAUGAAGCGGGAACACCUCUAAACCCCGGAGAGGACCGGAGCAGGACAGCCCUGACCUACAGCAUGCAUUAUUUUAGUUUCUGUUCAAAUGGGGACAUUCCUUCUGAAAAAUCAUUCCAACUUCUGCUUUUAAUCAAGCUUUUUUAGUAGCAUGUAAGUAUAAUUUUGUAGCGUUUAUUGGGUGAGAUGCACGGGCCACCCAGGACAGUUUGUGUAUUUCUCAUGUUAAUUACAUGUUUCAAGUGUUCCACCUCUAAGUAUAACUAAAUUAUGAAACAACUGUGGUAAUAAUGAGUGAAGCCACCUGGGGCAUAUUUGACCUGUUAGAGAUAUUCAACAGAUCGUUUACAGGAAUACGUAUUAUGACUACCCUGAUUUUCAUGCUCCAAGAAGUCAAAAAAGAAGGAGUUUCUGUUUGCUGCAGAGGAUCUACACAAACCAAAGACUGGUCCAGAUGGGUGAGCUUUCACCCGGGCCAGGACUUCCUCUUUUUAAGUGCCUUUCUUUAGAAUGUGCUCCACUUUAAACUUGGGAUGAGGGGAUCAAAACCUUUUUCUCUUUUUUUGUGAAUCGUUUUUGUCAUUUUAGCACUCAUCAAAACAAGAAUGUUUAGAGGUUUAAGGAGCUUUUAAUAAGCCACAAUCUCGAGUUUUAAGAACCUUUAAAGGAAUACGACAUAGGUCUCUUUAUUGUUUAACUACAACUAUAGCUUGUUAUAAAUUCUUCAUAAGGCAAGUCCAUAGAGCUUGAUUUGCUUCCUCUGAAGCAGGUUGUGUAUUAAUGUGCACGUUCUACUGACAUUUUAAACAAAUUGUGAAACAGUCAAUUUGUCAAUGUUUUGUAAAGACUUUGUUGCUUAAGUUUGUGUUUUUAUUGGAGAGAAUUACUCUGAAAAUAAAGACCAUGUAUUUUUGUGAACUGAGUUUCUUUUUCAGUGUUCAAUC